GUUUUCUUCUUCGCUACAAAAUCCGAACUGAAAAAUUCCCACGAAAUUGUCGAGCUUCUUCGUGCUCCUCUGCUCUUCUUCUUCUUCUUCUUCGGAACUUCUAAGAAACAGAGCCGAGUGAGUUCAUUUCCAUGAGAUUGGAUCCGUAAUCCCGAGAUUGCUUAAAGCUGCAGCGGAAGGAGAGGGAAAGGAGCAAAAAGAAAGAAUGGUGAUGAAUCUGGCUAAUUCAUUUCUGGCGCGAGCAAGGGAUGGAGUGGCAUGGAGAGGACUGGUCUACACAAUCUUCAUUCUGCAUUUCGUAUUCGUUUGCCAGCUUCUGCUUCUCCAGCCUCUCGUCUCCGCUUCUGAUAGUAAGACCAAUAGCGCUGCGGAGUUGUUCGAGAGGGUUGCUCAAAGUGUAAAAGUCAAACUCUAUAGUGAUGCACUUGAUGAUCUAAAUUCUGCCAUUGAGGCAGAUCCAACGCUUUCAGAAGCAUAUUUUCGGCGUGCCUCCAUUCUUCGUCAAAUAUGCAGAUAUGACGAAUCAGAAAUAAGCUAUCAAAAGUUUCUGGAGCUAAAACCAGGGCAUUCUGCUGCAGAAAAGGAGCUCUCUCAGUUAAAUCAAGCAAAAAGUGCUUUUGAGUCAGCCCUAACUCUUUCUAGUUCCGGAGAUCAUUCAAAAGCUUUGGAGUUUGUUGAUAAAGUUGUGCUUGUUUUUUCACCUGCCUGCUCCAAGGCUAAAAUACUUAAGGUGAGGUUGUUGUUGGGAGUUAAAGACUUCUCUGCUGCCAUCUCUGAGAGUGGAUAUAUUCUGCGCGAGGAUGAAAACAAUCUAGAGGCCCUCCUUCUCCGUGGUCGUGCCUACUACUAUCUAGCAGAUCAUGAUGUCGCCUCAAAGCAUUAUCAGAAAGGUCUUCGUCUUGAUCCUGAGCACAGUGAACUGAAGAAAGCAUAUUUCGGGUUAAAAAAAUUGCUCAAAAAGACUAAAAGUGCUGAAGAUAAUGCGAACAAGGGUAAACUUCGAGUCGCUGUUGAGGACUACAAAGCAGCUCUAGCAAUGGACCCCGAUCAUAUUGCACACAAUGUCAAUCUUCAUCUGGGUUUGUGCAAGGUCCUGGUCACGCUUGGCAGGGGUAACGAUGCAUUAAAUAGCUGCAAUGAUGCACUUAAUAUAGAUGAGGAACUUCUUGAAGCUUUAGUUCAGAGAGCUUUUCCUUGUAUUCAAUUUUUACAGAGGGGUGAAGCAAAACUUCUAACUGAGGACUGGGAAGGAGCUGUUGAGGAUCUGAAAUCAGCAGCUCAACAAUCACCACAGGAUAUGAAUAUUCGUGAAGCCCUGAUGAGGGCUGAGAAAGCUCUCAAGAUGAGCAAACGCAAAGACUGGUAUAAGAUAUUGGGCAUAUCUAAAACCGCUUCCAUAGCUGAAAUCAAGCGCGCCUACAAGAAACUUGCUUUGCAGUGGCACCCUGAUAAGAACGUCGAGAACAGAGAAGAAGCAGAGAAUAAGUUCCGAGAAAUUGCUGCUGCUUACGAGGUGUGUGAUUCCCAUACUAACACUUGCCUAACACUCUCAUUACCACGCCAUUAAUUGACUAUGGAACUGGCAAGUUGACAUACUGCUCUCGACAUCUCCGCAUUCAUCACAUCCAGGUAUUAGGAGACGAUGAGAAGCGAGCUAGAUUCGACAGAGGAGAAGACGUUGAAGACAUGGGGAUGGGAGGUGGUGGUGGCGGUUUUAACCCAUUUGGCGGCGGUGGUGGUGGUGGCGGCCAGCAUUUCUCUUUCCAGUUUGAUGGUGGCUUUCCUGGCGGGUUUGAUGGUGGAUUUCCAGGAGGAGGUGGCGGGGGCGGUUUUCAGUUCCAUUUCUGAGUUCCUUUCCAAGGCGGGAAAGAGAGAUGUUUCUCCUGAUCCAAUCGCGCUUUACUCUUCGCCUCUGUUGCGCUACGAGCACUAACAAGACUUACCCUGACCAAAAAAAAAGACGGCCUCUUAGACAGAUCAUCAGAACUGAAUCAUAAUAUAGAGAACAGAAAAGUUUUGUUCCGAAACCGCUGAAUUCAUGAACUUGUUUCUGUUCUUUCCCCGUUAAGCUGUUGAGAGCUAAUUCAAUUAUUUACCGUCUCAUUGUCAACCAUCUUACUACCACUACUAUUCCAUUACUAUAGGAACUAGCUUGUACCCGGCGGAAUGUUUAGGUUUUAUUAUAGGCUUAGGUUACUAUACAAAACAAUACGAAACACAUUCCAUUUGUAAACUAAAAAUCUUAUGCCCAAAACUAAAUGAGAGAAAUAAGAGUUUUGAGAUAAUUGAUUGCUGAAGGCUGACCAUAUCUGAUUCGACCGGUAUGGAUUUACAAAUGUGCUGACCAUAUAUAAUUCAUUUUACAUUG